AUGUAUUUAUCUUUAGUCUAUAAAGCACAAACAAAUACUCUAAACCAAACUUCUCAUCAUUCCAAUGUUAAUUCAUAUCCUUUAUCUACAUCUACAAAUGCAUCAGUUGAACAACAAUAUUCAUCUAAUGCAUCAGUCUCAUCUCAUUCAAAUCCAGUAACUAAACCUCAACAACGAUCACCAUAUUUACAACAAGGAAGACUUGUUAAUAGUAAUUCAAUCGAUUCAUCCUAUUCACAAUCUUAUAUUCCACAACAACAACAACAUUCAUAUUCAAUACAACAAAAUAGUUACGGACAAUAUCCAAUGUAUUAUCAACAACAAAAUCCACCAUCUCAGUCGAAUUCUCCAAUAAAUAAUUCUUCAACUAAUACACAAAAUUUUAUUUCAAAUCAACAAAUUAUGCAUAAUAAUUAUAAUGAACAACAACAAAUAUAUUAUCCACAACAAAAUUAUCUUAUGCAACAACAAUGGCCAAAUCAACCUCGCAUUCCCAUGCAACAACAACAACAACAACAACAACAACAAUAUACAUCGUCCUAUCAACAACAAGUACCACCUCAAGCUUAA